AGGGAAGAAGGAGGAGGGGGAAGGGAGGGAAAGGAGCCUGCAGACCCCCUUCUCUCCUCCACCUUCCCCUUGCUUUCCCUCCUCCCCAUCCUUCCUCGCCUGCCAUCGCUGCUCCCCAUUUGGGGAGGGAGGCUGUUUCCCCCCCGCUUUUCUCUCAUCCUCCGUGUUUUGGACGCGGCGCGCUGUGUGUGUGAAUCCAAGCUCCCGAGGGCAGACCCGGGCCAGACUGGACUAACUCGGGUUGAAAGGCACCAAACUCUCCAUCCAUCGGUCCAUCCUCUGGAUCUGCUCCUUGGCCGGGGGACCGUUUGGGAUUCAGCUUCUUCUGCCUCGGAUCCGCCACCCGGCCGCCGCCGCCGCCGCCGCCUGCUGAGGCUUCCUGGACUCCUUCCCCUUUUCUGCUGGAUUUGGCUCCUCUCUCUGUGUCUGUCUGUCUCUCUGUGCUCCGCCUCGGGCGGCGAUGAAGGUCUGGCCUUGAAGAUGGAGGCUCUCUGGGUGCUCUUCCUCUCUUUGGUCCCGGCGGGCGCCAGGGGACAAGGCGUCUAUGCCCCUGCUCAGGCCCAGAUCAUCCAUGCUGGACAAGCAUGUGUUGUAAAGGAAGAUAACAUCAGUGAACGAGUGUACACUAUUCGAGAAGGCGACACCCUUGUUUUGCAGUGUUUGGUUACAGGGCAUCCACGGCCACAGGUGAGGUGGACCAAAACUGCUGGCAGUGCGUCAGACAAAUUCCAGGAGACAUCGGUGUUUAAUGAGACUCUUCGAAUUGAGAAGAUCCAGAGGCUGCAGGGGGGUCGCUAUUAUUGUAAAGCAGAGAACGGGGUUGGGGUCCCUGCCAUCAGGUCCAUUCGAGUUGAUGUGCAGUACUUGGACGAGCCUGUUCUCACUGUCCACCAGACCAUAAGUGAUGUACGUGGCAGUUUCUACCAGGAGAAGACAGUCUUUUUGCGGUGCACAGUCAACUCCAAUCCACCUGCUCGCUUCAUCUGGAGACGGGGUUCUGAAACUCUUUCCCACAGCCAGGACAAUGGAGUUGAUAUCUAUGAGCCAUUGUACACACAGGGAGAAACCAAAGUCCUCAAGUUGAAAAAUCUGCGACCCCAAGACUAUGCCAGUUACACAUGUCAGGUGUCUGUUAGAAAUGUGUGUGGCAUUCCUGAUAAAUCCAUCACCUUUGAGCUUACCAACACAACAGCACCACCCUCCUUAAAGUUAUCUGUGAACGAAACCUUGGUGGUGAACCCAGGAGAUAACAUCACUAUACAGUGUUCAUUAACUGGUGGAGACCCUUUGCCCCAGGUAGUCUGGUCCCACUCACCAAGCCCCAUGCCCCGCAACAGUCUGAUUCAAGGGGGCAAUCUCACUAUCUGGAGUAUCCGUGUGGAAGACUCAGGGUACUACAACUGCACUGCAAUCAACAAUGUGGGAAAUCCAGCCAAGAAGACGGUGAAUCUUUUGGUGCGAUCCAUGAGGAAUGCUACAUUCCAGAUAACUCCUGAUGUGAUCAAAGAAAGUGAAACCAUCCAGCUUGGGCAGGAUCUCAAGCUCUCUUGCCAUGUGGAUGCUGUCCCACAAGAGAAGGUUUUCUACUUCUGGUACAAGAAUGGGAAGCUGGCCAAGCUAUCAGACCGACUAGUUAUCAUCAGGAAUGAUCCAGAACUUCCACCAGUGACAAGCAGCCUGGAGAUAAUUGACCUCCGCUUCACUGACUAUGGCACAUACCUGUGUGUGGCUUCUUUCCAAGGGGCACCUAUUCCUGAUCUCAGUGUUGAAGUGAACAUUUCUUCUGAAACUGUGCCUCCAACCAUCAUGGUUCCCAAGGGCCAGUCCAUCAUCACUGUUCGCGAAGGUUCCAGGGCAGAGCUGCAGUGUGAAGUCCGAGGGAAGCCCAAGCCACCCAUCAUUUGGUCCAGAGUAGAUAAGGAGGCUCCUAUGCCUUCAGGUGCCAUGACAGUGGAAACCAAUGAUGGGAAGCUGCAUUUAGAGAGAGUGGCUCGAGAAAUGAGUGGGACUUACAAAUGCCAGACAGCCAGGUACAAUGGCUUCAACAUCAGACCCCGAGAAGCACUGGUGCAGCUCAAUGUACAGUUCCCUCCAGUGGUGGAGCCAGUAUUCCAGGAUAUUCGCCAAGCUGUGGGACGCAGUGUCACCCUUCGCUGCACCAUGUUAAAGGGAAGCCCAAUGAAAGUUGCUACAGCUGUCUGGCGAUUUAAUGGGAGUCUGCUUGCAGUUCCUCCAACAGAGCAGCAGGACUACUCUGAGUAUAAGGUGGACAGUGUGAGCCGGGAGACCAGUGGCAGCUAUGAAUGUAGUAUCUCCAAUGAUGUUGGGGUGGCAACUUGCCUCUUCCAGGUAUCUGGUAAAGCUUACAACCCAGAGUUUUACUAUGAUACCCCUAACCCCACCAGGAAGCAAUCCAAGAACUACUCUUAUAUCUUACAGUGGACACAGAAGGAGCCUGGUGCUGUUGAUCCCAUUCUUAGCUACCGUCUAGAUGUUCGUCAGCUGAAUCAUAGAGAUUUGCCCCCCAAAUCUGUCUCUGUGCGGAAGAUGGAAAAGGGCAUGCUACAGGAACAUCUUCUGACUGACCUGAAGGUGCCUCAGAGCUAUGAGGUUCGGCUGACGCCCAUAACUCGCUUUGGGACUGGGGACAUGGCUUCUCGCAUCAUCCACUAUAUAGAGCCAAUCAGUUACCCUAACCCAGUAGGUAACACCUGCCACUUUGAGGAUGAGAAGAUAUGUGGCUAUACACAAGACACAACUGACAAUUUUGACUGGAUUCGUCAGAGCAGUUUAACCCAUGAUCCCAAGCGUUCUGCCAACACAGGCCCAACCAUGGACUUCAGUGGGACACCAGAAGGCUACUACAUGUUCAUUGAAGCCUCUGCACCCCGGGUGAAGGAUGACAAAGCUAGAUUAAUCAGCCCCAUGUACAACAUGACCACCAGAUUCUGUGUCUCCUUCUAUUAUCACAUGUAUGGAAAGCACAUUGGCUCCUUAAAUCUCUUGGUUCACGUGAAGAAUAAACAGCCCACUCAAGCCUUGUCACUCAAGGGGGACAAAGGAAAUACGUGGCAACAAGCACAUGUUCCUAUCAACCCUGCAGGACCCUUCCAGAUCAUCUUUGAAGGUGUUCGUGGUACAGGCUCUGAGGGAGAUAUUGCCAUUGAUGAUGUUACUCUAAAAAAGGGUGACUGUCCAAGGAAGCCAAUUGUCCCAAAUAAGGCAGUGGCCCUUCCGGAAAAUGGUGCCGUCAUCCAACACAAAUCUUCUCUCUGUGGACCUCUCAUUUUCUUCCUUUAUGUACUGUUCAGAUGAUAGCAAGCAACUGUUCCAGUCUUCAAACUGAGACAUUCCUCCUCCUUUCCUACUUGGUCACCUCUGCUCCUCUUCCUCCCCCUCCUCACUGGCACACCAAAGUGUCCAUGUUACCAAAGACUAACAAGCAUGACCACACCAAGGGGAUCCACUUCAGAACCUGAAGGAUUCCUGGAGGAAGUCAUCAUGUUUAAAAACAAAGCAAGUAUGAACAGAAAUAAAGACACAAGAGAAAGAGGGAGGAAGCAAUGGAAAGAAGAGCUGUUAAUGAUGGAAUGAAAGGCUAAAGUGAAAAUGAAAAAGAUAUUUAAAAGGAUAAAUGAAAGGGGGAACGGCCAUGUUUUCCUACAAACAGUGGACAGGACUUCCUCAGGGAAGUGGGAACUUCUGUUUUAAACAAAAACAAAAUAUAUUAAAGCACAAAUUUCUACCAGAACUGUUACCUUAUUGACUGCAGAGCCACACUUUCAGAAGACAUUUUAGCACAGUGUCCCCCUUCUGGAUCUCUGUGUUAUGACUUUACCCUGAUGGGCUCUGCCAGCCACCUGUCUGCUGCAGCACCACCUCACCCUCUUGCUUCCAAAAGAACAUCCCACAUGUCUCCAUUGGGGGCCACCCCCUCCUUGCAUAUUGGUGACCAUAGAUUCUUGCCCCCUCUGCAUGUGCUUCAGAGUCUCCAUAUGCAUUUUCAAGACAUUCAUGUAUUUACUUGUUUGUGUGCAAUUUGCUUUGAAUCAUCCUUCACAUCUUUGGGGCCCCAACGUCUGACACAGUAAAGCAGAGAAAGAGACCUGUUGUAGACUGUGGAGAAGGAUGGAAAUCUGGGGCAAACCUAAGCUGCAGGACCAGCUUAUUGACAUCUUCCACCCACCUCCUUCCCUCACCUCCAUCUAAAGUUAUUCAGCUCUUGCUGUGUGUAUUCAUUUCUGUUCACCAUCACACAGGCAGACUGUCAAAUUCCAGCACAGAGACUAAAACAAAAAGCCCUUUGGUUAAGGGUCAAAGCAAGGUGGCACUGUAGUCAGUCAGUGUUAAAGCCUGAGCAUCAGAAGCCUUAAGGCAAGAUCUCCUCUAAUUUUUUUUAGUGUUAAUUUAUCUUAUCUCCCAUUCCCUUUGUGCAAGUCAACUGCUACAUUUUUUAAAAAAAAUGCAGGGAGAAUCAUAUACUAUCUUUAAUUUUCUCCUGAUUCCCUCCCCAAGUUGUCCUUAUCACUUCUGAAAUUGCAAUACUUGCAUGUUAAUUGUGGUACCUACUUUUUGGCAUAUUACUAAGUGCAGGGUGCUGAAAUCAUGAGGCUUGAUUUCCUAUUCAAGGACAAGCCAGGUGGAGCCUUCAGGUUUUGUGGUGGUCUGAGGAAUCAGAGAGUAAAACAGGCUGAAAUCCUAGAAAUUGAGAUACAGUGUACUCGUUUCAAAGGGGAAAAUCUUUGGAUUUCAAUGGGAAAAGAAAUGCAGACAAAGACUACAUGAUAUUUUCAGGUAUGCCACAAUACCACUGUGAGGAAAUCAGUUAUCUCAGGAAAGUCAGAUUGUUGCUCCCAAACUUGAGGUAGACAAAUGUGAACCUACAAAAUCAUUAGAUCGGACAGUACAUUUUGAAGCCAGUAAGAAUAAGUCAGAGUCUGUUGCAGCAAUAAACUGCUUGGGAUAAAUCUUACUUAUCCCCUUCCUGUAAUUAGCAGCAUAGACAAGAGAGGGAUAUCAUGUAAAUAUGUGCACAACACAAGUACAUCCAUUAUUCCCACAAUGGGAUUUGCAUGUGUAUUCCAAGAGCAACAUGGAACUAUUUUAGGUGUAGAAUUCCUAUCAUCCUCCCAAAUUUCUUCAAUGAAUAAGUUUUGGCCUCUCUAGCUAAUAACAAUAACAUAUAUAUCGAGGAGUAUUAAAAUAAUCUAGAAAAAAAUAGUAGGGCUUCUCCCCAUCAGGCAUUUAUUUUCACAUAUAAAAGGAAAUAAUGUUUUCAAGGCUAGAUUCACAUUUUCAGUGAAGCUAUAUUCAAGUACACAGUUAUAGCCGGAUUAUCUUCAGAGUUCCCAUUAUUUUGUUUCUGCUCCUCCCAGUGAGGACUCCCUACAGCUGAAAAUAUUAUGAUUGAUAAGUUCAUUCCAAGGGAUAUCAGAACAAUGUCCAUGCUCCCAUAUAUUAGUAAAUUCAGAUUUCUGGUCCCCUGGGCUACUGGAAGUACCUAAUGUUAUCACAGUUAUAGAAGAUUAAGCAAGGUAGAUGCAAGCAAAUAAACAAAGGGCAAUGGUAUGGUGAUAUAUCUGUAGAUCUGCCUGGGUGUAUGUAUGUUGACAGAUCAUUUAUAGCACCUCAGCAUUUGCUUCUGUAUAGAAUUAACAUAUCUGGAUCUGAUUAUAUGCUUUCUUCCUCCCAGAAGCAUUCUUACUGCUCAAAUUUAGAAUUCUUCUUGUCUGCUUCUGCUAAUCUAAAAGCAGCAUUGACAAAGAAUUAUGUCUCAGCCAUCUCUUACUAAAACAGGGUACAGAUAGUAGCUUGUUAAGGAGGCACAGGUUGAAAAAAAAGAAGAGAGGUCUAAGACUUCCAUGAUUAAAGGCAAUGAUUCCCCCCCCCCGCCACACACACACACACACACACACUGGAGACUGUACCACACUUCCUUCUGAUUCAAGGGCUCUUAGAGUCAUUGUAGUCCAGUCAGUACUGUACUAAUAAGAUGCCUUCUUUAGCCAGGUGUUUAGACAUUAACCUCUUCUUGCUUUCAGCAAGAACUAAAAGCAGAUUCAGACAACCAAGAGAUACAUGCUAGCCACUCAGUAGUUUAUCAUAGUUAUAGGAUUUUUAGAACUUGAAGAGAUCUUGUAGAAUAUCCAACUGCAUGGUUAAGCUUAGCACACCCUUCCCUCUAUCUUCCCCUGCAUGCAUUUGAAUCUAUCCUCAGAAGACUUAACUAGUUUGUUAAUGGGAAGUCUGCAUUGGACCUGUGCUCUGAACUAGAUGUCAUAGGGAUGCGUUUUCCUUUUGAGCCCUGAAAACUGAAUGCUCUGUCCUAAAGAAGAAACAGCUUCCAGAAGGGAACAAAACAUCCUAGGUCUUACUGCUAUUUCAUAUUCUCAGUCACAUUUGUAUUCUCAGCAAUGAAGCAGAACUUGCUCACAUUCAAGCAAGUGGCCUUAGAAGGCAUUCUGUUCACACACUUACCUGUUCACACACAACUGCGUUCACAGAGUAGGUUUGAAGAAGAUGUGUACAGGAUUGUACUCACAGAGACCAUUUUGUUUUAGACCUUGGAGGCUUAAAGAUAGAUUGGAUUGUGAGUUAACUUUGGGAAUUUGGAGUUUGCUUACAAAUGAAUAUUGGUGUUGUUUGAAAGAACAAGAGUGUGAGAUGAGCAGUGUAGAGAGGGAAGAGGGAGAAAAUGCAGCUCAUGAGGCAUGGUUGCCUUCCUCUCUGCCCCUGCUCAGGAUCAGAAUUACUAUGUGAGCAUAAGUUUAUGUGAGAAUGGACCAAAGAAGUGCCUAUUUACAUGUAAAGAAUACACUAGAUUCUGUUGUUGUGAUUGACCAAGUAUUCCACUAUCAGGUAUCUACCAAUGAGAUAUCAGCCUUUUAAUCAUCAUCACCGAAGUCUCAGGGAGCCUCAUUUACAGAUACUUGCCUCGUUUUCAUUCCUCUUUCCUUCCUAUGGCUUAGAAAUAACAGGGACCCUUUCCUUGGGGGCAAAAGUUGUUCUGAAGUGCCUUGGCUUGUCAGAAAUAUGAAUGCUAAAGGUCUAGAUCCAGUCAGCAGAAAUCUGCUAGUGCAAUGGGACUUCCUCUAUAGGGUUUCCUAGUGCCCUAAAAUGGAGGUAGAAAAUUGCAGGGAGGAGAAGGAGUUGCUCUUGUUUCUGUGGACAGGAGCUGUUCCAUCAGCAAAAUGACACCGCUGAAUCCUGCCCAAAAUGACAAAUUUCAUAACGUUGUCCAGAUUACUAACAGGAGGCACAGAAUGAGCUAGUACAACUGUAAGGACGUCCCACUUACUCAAGACAGCAUGUCCUAUUUGUGGAACCUGUCCAGAACCAAAGUAGCUCAUGCUGGAAGGUCAAAAAUGUUUGCAAGUUUCAGUUACAUUUAUCUAUGAUAGUGCUGGAUUGCAGUAUUUGGCCCAAACUUUUUUUUUAGCGUGCCAGGAGGCAAUAAAAAUGUAAGCCAGUGAUUAUGGGGCAGGAGGAGCUGAGAACUUGCAGGUUGUGGUUUAUAUACCUUUAAAGAAAAAUGGCUGAGGUUUUUGAGCAUUUUUUCUCCUCCCCCCCCCCCCCAUACACACACACUGGGGAGAAAAAAAAUCCUAUUUGUUGUCAAUUGAAAGUUAGUGCCCUCUCUCCAACAGCUCAGUAACAUUCCCUUUUUAAUUCAGAACAGAACGCACCAAGAAAACAGUGCUAUGUCAAGCCUUAGCAUCAUUCCCAGGGAGGGAAGAGAUGGCUGCCCCAUGCCCCCCCCCAAGCCAAAAAUCCCCUGGCUACUCCCUCCUUAAAGGUAAGCCCAAUCUGAAUGUUCUAAGAAUUCCUCUCCUAUUCCCCCCCCCACCAAUAUUCUCUUCCAGACCUUUGCAGAAAAACAAAUGGUUCCCCAAAGGGGAGGAUUUCUACCUAGACUUAUUUGAACAUUCAGACCUCCCAAGUAAAUGUCAGGUACUUCAGUGAAGUACUCUCUGCCACUUAGGAAUCAAAAGCUACUUACAGCCUAAUAGCUCUCAGGUGUGAUGCUGUUAUUUAGACUAUAUAUAAAAUUAUCAUUCUGAUUUAUCAAAGCGGUCCUUUUUUUCUGAGUGCAAAAAGCUUAGCAUCCAGUUCCCUAGACAUGUGAGCUUUUGAAGAUGUAACUAGAUGUAAAUUAACUUACAGUUGUAAACCGCUUAGACACUGCUUAGGUGGUAUGAAGCGGUAUAUAAAUGAAGCUUGUUUGUUUGUUUAGAUUUUGCCAUGUUAAGGGAGGGCUGCAGCUUCGUCUGGAGGUAGCAUUGUGUGAUUGGCCUUCUCUAUUGUGUUGGAGUUGUUACAUGAAAGAUUCCUUCCACCCCAGAGGUGAGGUGCACUGAUGCUUCUAAGCAAUCAUGAGGGAUACAACUGUAAAUACACGUUCAUCUAUCAUGCUAGGUACCUCAAAAAAUAGGAGUUACUAUUAUCUUUAUCAAGGUAUCUGUUGUACAAGAUACAGUAAAAUCAAGAGUGCCUUCCAGUUAGACUCAGAUUGUGUGUGUAUGCUCUCUCUCUCUCUCUCUCUCUCACACACACACACACCCCUGGAAGGGUAAUUGCACAAAUAUUUGUAUGCCCACAUUUUUACACAUACUAUCAGAGUAAUAAAUAAUACAUGCUGGUAAAAAAGGCAAAAUCUUAAAGGGAGCAUCCAUCAUCCAUGAUAGAUAAAUACAUCUUCCAUAUGCAAAGGAAAUAUUCAAAUUUACAUAUGCAGAGGACAAGCAACGGAGGAUGAGUAGCACCAUCUCGAUUGCUUCAUGUGGUUUCAAAGCUCAUUGAAGGGAAAUCACCAGAAUAGAUAGGCCCUGGGUCAGGAGCAGCAUAGAUUUUUACACACAACUACAUAAGAUGCCCCCCUAUAAGUUUGUUUUCUGCUGCUAUGAAUUCAUUCUCUUCUGAAAAAUGGUUCCUCAUUACUUUCUAUGCUUGCAUUUUCAAGGUAGUCUAGAGAUUGCAUUCCAACCAGGAGAAAUAAGAAUGUAGCUCUUAUAUAGAAUGAUUAGUUUUUACAAAACUAAUCAAAGAACAGAGAAAGUAUUGUGUGAUUUAUCUAACCUCUUGAAAAAGGUCAGAGUGAAUUGCUUAAGGAGGACAAUCAAAAGGAAGGAGGUGAUUUUAGAGCUUUAAAUUCCUGGUGUUUGUAGUGCAUGACUAGGAGAAAUCUUAAAAAUUUAUAAUCUGUCAGGUAUGCCUGUAUCUCUGGCUGUCAUUCUGGAAAACUUGGUAAUAUCCUGCAAUUAAUAGCAGUUAUUCCUAGGGAAGGUUACAUUAGUAAACUUUGUGAAAGGUUAAAAAAAAAACUCCUCUACAGUUUCAUGUAGUGCUACAUGACCUACAAAUACACUGCUACAGGGUCUAGUUAAACAAGUGAUGCAAUCUGAAUUUAAUGUCUGAUUUGCUCUAAGGCAACUGUAGCUUAGAUGCACCUGAUUAAAAAGACGAGAUAUUGCAGUUUAGUAUUCUUCAAUGCCCAUGAAGUAGCAUACCUGCGUAAUCCCUAUUCAGGGGCUAAUUUAACAUUGUUUUAGCCUUAUAGAGACAUUUAUGCUGGUAAGAACUAGAUUCCUUUGAUUCUGGAAGAAAGAAAGGGUUAAAACACAGAGCCCUCUUUUGCCUCUACCAGGGUCCUCUUCUCUGCAGCUCCAGUACACUGCUUACUCUUACAGUCUCUCACCUUUGUAGCUUCUACUUCAUUUCUUUCCAUUGGAGCACGCUACAGCCACAACACGUCAUCAUGCCAAUGACAGGACUGGCAUUCUCUGUACAGGAACUGCCAGUCUUUAAACUGCUGUCUUCACGUUCCAAUGUUUUUCAUUUGCCCUGAUUGGCCUUGGAUGAUGUUUAAUAAAUGAGCACGCCAUUUACAGAGAAAGAUCUCCCAUAGUGCCUUAGAAAAUUGCAUUUUAACGAGGACCAAUUUACAUUUUGUUGUAAUAAACUGCAGGCUAGAGGUUGGGGUUAUAGGAAGCUUACAAGUUGGCAGCAAAAGAGGAAGGCAAAGGAAUGUGAGUGCUCUUUGAGUUUUACCCCAAACAGGGAAGCAAGCCAGGCCAACCUUCUAUUUGAUGCCAGGAGGGUCAGAAGGGGGUUGCCUAACCCAUAUGUAACAAUAUGUGAAUAAGAAUGUGGGAAUAAGCAUUACCUUCUUGUUCACUCAGGACUGGUCUAUGAAAGAAGCAGAGGUCUAAUCCUACUUCUAGUCCUGAGUAGAGUUGUCAGUUGUUGAAUGGUGAGUCAACACUUAGGUAAAUCUCACUGAUUCAAUGUGACUGCUCUUCUUGGGACUAUUAAUAGGAUUAAAACCAAAUGAGAUGGAAAUUAGGUGACAGAGUCCUGAGAUGACAGAAGAGACUGUAGCAAUUCAGGGUGCAAUAGCAGACCAUAAUAUGUUCCAGUUUAUGAAAGAUUUUACAAGAAGGCAAAUACUUAUAGGUUAGUGGACAGUUUGAUCUUAACAGAUAAUGUGAUGGAUAUAUAGAUCCAAGACCACUGCUGUAGUCCUAGUUAUAAACAGAUCUUGUUUUGUAGUAUUUUGUGGGUUUUUCAGACUA